AUGACAAUCUACAUUGCUUCACUAUUCCUGCCCAAUACGGUCAAUUUCCAUGCCAACCCCGCACAAGCUGAUCCCUCCGAGGGGUCAAGUCCUCAACCAUCCAACCCCCCCACAGACAGCGCGGCUGCCCCGUCCCAAAACGCGGCCCUGAGUCUGUUUGAAAGGAAUAACGGAGGACCGAAGACAGGCCUCACCCCCGGCGCUACAACCGAACACGAACGGAUUUUUAUCGCAGACGUCGCCAAGGCGGAGCAAGAACACUCGGGAUACCCGUUUCCCAGCUCAGAGAGCGAUGCAAACCCCUUGACGGAAAGCGAGGCCCAUUCGCCUAAAUGGGGCUCGACGCUUUCUCUGAACCAGCCUCGGCCACGGUCGGCAUUUCCUGCAUCGCCCUCUAUCCUCAGUCACCAGGAGUUGGCGACUCCAGGGACACAACCGUCGCAUGAAAAGGCGAAGCCGGACCCAAAGCCGCGAACCUCGUAUAUCCCCAAUCACCGCGGAAGCCACAGCCGUAAAAGCUCCUUUUCCUACGCAGACUGGACCAUCGAGACGGCAGAACAAGGCAACGGAGGCCUGCGCAAUGCGGUGCGAUCGGCCACGGAUGCGGGGCAGCUGGAGGACAAGGUCUGGGUGGGUACACUGGGGAUGCCCACCGAUGCGCUACCCGCACACACCAAGGAAGCCAUCGCUGGGAAGCUCGAAGAGGAGUAUGGGUCCUUAACUGUCUAUGUCAGCGAUGGCGACUUCGAUGGCCAUUACACACACUUUUGCAAGACGAUUCUUUGGCCGGUGUUCCAUUACCAGAUCCCAGACAACCCCAAAAGUAAGGCGUACGAGGAUCAUUCGUGGAUUUAUUAUGUCAAGACCAACCAAGCGUUCGCCGAGCGCAUUGCCCGAAACUGGAAGCGCGGGGAUUCCAUCUGGGUGCAGGACUAUCACCUGCUGCUCGUCCCGGCCAUGCUGCGCAAGAUGCUCCCCGAUGCACAGAUCGGUUUCUUCCUACAUAUUGCCUUCCCCUCCUCGGAGGUGUUCCGCUGCCUGGCUCCCCGCAAGGAGCUUCUCGAGGGAAUGCUGGGCGCAAAUCUAGUAGGCUUCCAGACCGAUGAGUACUGCCGUCAUUUUCUUCAGACGUGUAGCCGUAUCCUCUGUGUGGAAGCUACCAACGAAGGGCUUCAGCUGGAGGAUCGCUUUGUUAACGUGGGCAAAUUCUCGAUCGGGAUUGACCCGACAUCGUGGGAUCAACGGCGUCGUGCCGCAGAUGUGGAACGAUGGAUCAAAACCAUUUCGGAGCGCUACGAAGGAAAACGGCUCAUUGUGUCGCGCGAUAAGAUCGACCAAGUGCGCGGAAUCCGGCAGAAGCUCCUUAGUUACGAGCUCUUCCUCAACACCUAUCCCGAAUGGCGCGAUCAGGUUGUGUUGAUACAAGUUGCGACCAGCACCACGGAGCAGCCUGAGCUGGAGGCGACAAUUUCCGACAUUGCGAUGCGGAUCAACUCGACAUACUCUACGCUAGCCCACCAGCCAUUAGUCUUCCUAAAACAGGACUUGGCCUUCCCCCAGUACCUCGCCCUGAUUUCCGUCGCGGACGCUCUGAUCAUCACCAGCUUACGUGAGGGCAUGAAUCUGACCAGCCAUGAGUUUGUUUACUGUCAGGACGGCAAAUGGGGCACCAAGAAAUACGGGUCUCUUAUAUUGAGUGAGUUCACCGGCAGCGUGUCUGUAUUUGGCGAACACGCAUUGCUAGUUAACCCCUGGGACUACCGCCAAUGUGCGGAAGCGAUCCAUACUGCUUUAACAAGGGACGAGAAGGAACGCCGGGAGGUAUGGAUACAGCUACACCGAGCGGUGCUGCAGAAUUCCACCUAUAAUUGGGUCAAGUCCUUCAAUGAAACCUUGACCCGAGUGUGGAAUGAGCAGUCAUCGCGAGAGAGCAUGGCCGUCCCCCGACUUCAGGUGAAUAAGCUGGAGGAGGUGUACCGCCGGUCGUCGCGCCGGCUAAUUAUCGUGGACUACGAAGGUACCCUGGCCUCCUGGGGUUCGCCGAAGAGCAUCAUUGUUACCACGCCGCAGCGCGCAAUCACCACACUGGCCGAACUGACUGAGGAUCCGCGGAAUGUGGUCUACGUGAUGAGCGCAAGGAUGCCCGAGGAGAUGGAGCGGCUGUUUCGCCUGGUCUCCGGCCUGGGUCUUAUUGCAGAGAACGGCUGUUUUGUGCGCGAGCCACACUCGGAGACGUGGCUGAAGCUGACCGACAAGGCGCAGAUAGACGCGUGGAAGGCGGCGGUGCUCCAUAUUCUUGAAUACUAUCAAGAACGCGCGGAGGGGAGCUGGGUUGAACAGCGACACUGCUCGCUCAUGUUCCAUUAUGAGGCGGCGGACGACCAGGCGGCAGCCUCACGGCUGGCGUCAGAGUGCGCAGGCCACAUCAACGAUGCCUGCAUGAACCAAGGAGUACAUGCGGUCCCUGUAGAGCGCGCACUGAUCGUGGAACCCGCGGCUAUCAACAAGGCGUCGGCUGCGGAAGUGGUGUGGCGAUCGUGUCUUAAGCAAAGCCAGCGGGAUGAGAGCGUCCAGCGCCCAGAUUUCCUGCUGGCGAUUGGUGACGGCCGAGAUGACGAGUCGGUGUUCCGAUGGGCUAACAAGCUGGCGAACGCGCGCGCGGUCGGCUAUGCUAUGACGGUCACCCUCGGUUCUCGCAGCACGGAGGCGAAGGCGACCCUGACUCAAGGAGUGACAGGUAAGAAUAAGAAGACUUCUUCCUCGAGGUGA